CCAGCCCCUCCCCACCCUGGCCAAGUCAGGAUUAUUAAAACGUGCAAACGUUUCCUUUAUUUCUGCUCAGAACUCGACAUAACCAUAUGGAAAGAGACUGGAGUAAAGUGCUGGUAACGGAGAGCGUUCAGAGCAGGUGUUGUAAAAGAGAUGAGAGCUCAUUGUAGCCACAAUGGCAACAUCGUCGGAAGAAGUGCUGCUGAUAGUGAAGAAGGUGCGUCAGAAGAAGCAGGAUGGGGCCCUGUACCUGAUGGCCGAACGCAUUGCCUGGGCUCCCGAGGGCAAGGACCGCUUCACCGUCAGCCACAUGUAUGCAGACAUCAAAUGCCAGAAAAUCAGUCCAGAAGGUAAAGCUAAAAUUCAGCUGCAGCUGGUAUUGCAUGCAGGGGACACAACCAACUUCCACUUCUCCAAUGAAAGCACAGCAGUGAAGGAGCGAGAUGCGGUCAAGGAUCUUCUACAACAGCUCUUGCCCAAGUUCAAAAGGAAAGCUAAUAAAGAACUUGAGGAGAAGAACAGAAUGCUGCAAGAAGAUCCUGUUUUGUUUCAGCUCUAUAAAGACCUUGUUGUGAGCCAAGUAAUCAGUGCUGAAGAAUUCUGGGCCAACCGUUUAAGCCUGAAUGCAGGGGAUAAUUCUGCAGCACCUAAUAAACAAGAUGUGGGCAUCUCUGCAGCAUUCCUGGCUGACGUACGGCCUCAGACAGACGGCUGCAAUGGGCUGAGGUACAACCUGACUUCGGAUAUUAUCGAAUCCAUAUUUCGGACAUACCCUGCAGUAAAAAUGAAAUAUGCAGAGAAUGUUCCACAUAACAUGACUGAGAGGGAAUUCUGGACACGAUUUUUUCAGUCUCAUUAUUUUCAUCGGGACAGGCUCAAUACAGGCUCAAAAGACCUCUUUGCAGAAUGUGCCAAACUGGAUGAGAAAGGGUUAAAAGCAAUGGUGUCUCAAGGAGUGAAAAACCCUCUGAUAGAUUUAACAGCUUUGGAAGAUAAAACAUUAGAUGAAGGCUAUGGUGUUGCUUCUGUGGCCUCUACAUCAAAUGCCUCAAAGUCUGCUAGAGAAAGCAGCAAUGCUGCCAUCAUAAAACGCUUUAAUCAUCAUAGUGCCAUGGUCCUUGCAGCUGGCCUCAGGAAACAAGAAGCACAAAAUGACCAUUACAGUGAGACCAGCAGUACGGAUGGAAACUCCAGGGAUUCAGAUUUCUUUCAGCCACCACUGAAAAAGGUAAAACUGCAGGAGGCCAUUGAAUACGAAGAUUUAUCAAAGAAUAGUAGCGUUAAAACUAUUGCACUAAACUUAAAGAAGUCUGAUAGGUAUUACCAUGGUCCAACUCCAAUUCAAUCACAGCAAUAUGCAACUAGUCAGGAUAUAAUUAAUUCAUUUCAGAGUAUUAGACAAGAAAUGGAAGCAUAUGUACCCAAACUAACUCAGGUUCUUUCAAGUGGUGAUGCUGCCAGCACUAUUGCAGUCCUGUCACCUGGAGGAGCACUUAUGCAGGGUGGAACACAGCAAGCCAUAAACCAGAUGGUGCCAAAUGAAAUUCAGUCUGAACUAAAACACUUGUAUGUGGCAGUAGGGGAACUGCUACGACACUUCUGGUCCUGCUUCCCUGUUAACACGCCAUUCCUAGAAGAAAAGGUUGUGAAAAUGAGGAGCAACUUGGAAAGAUUUCAGGUUACAAAGCUCUGCCCAUUCCAAGAAAAGAUUCGGAGACAAUAUUUAAGCACAAAUCUGGUAAGUCAUAUAGAAGAGAUGCUGCAGACAGCCUACAACAAGUUCCACACGUGGCAGUCACGGCGCAUGCUGAAGAAGACGUGAGGGCACAUCCUGUACAGGUCUGAGAGCAAAGCCUGCAAUAGGGUAGGACUACAGCCUAGGUAUGUGCAGAUCUUAGAGUUCUUGCAGGAAGACCUGCAAGCUGUGGACUUCUGGAAACGAUGCUAACUGAACUUGCACAUUUUUUGAAAAAGAACUGAGAUUAAACUUGAAAACGGGGGAGAAAAACAAGGAAGAACCAAAACGGAAGAGCUGAGGCGCAAAUAUAUUUAAAAGACACUGUUUACUGCAGUUACUCAGGAACUGCUUUUGAUUUGCAUAAAAAGCUGCUUUCAGAAAUAAAAAAUUUAAAGAGGGUGUAUUAAUAAAAUUUGUUUUUCUGUCUAAUUUUUUUUAAGAAGUGUAUGGCACAGGGUAGAUCUCAAAAGUUUUUCUUCACUGGAUUCUGACAUUUUCUUGAAUUUUGUUUGUACUUCCUGCAACAGUUUAACAAUGAUGUUUUAAAACAUAGCUGAGACUGUUUUUGCUUCAAACAUCUGGGAGAGUGUAGCUGUCAGAAGACAAGCACCUGCCAUAUGUUUCCCCACCAAUUGGAAGCAAGAGACAUUGCACUGAAAGCUGUUCAUGGUCUGGGGUCCCUAAAGGUACACAGGGGCAAGCUUUUGCCUGAAGUCUUCGAUUUUUAUGCAAAAAUUUUUCAGCCAUCAGUUUUGCAUGUUUCCUUUUGAGUGCAAGUGUGUGCUACUGCAAUCUUUUUUUUUUUUUAUGGCAGCAUUUGUUCUGAGGAGAGAAUGCAUUUUUAAAAAUGAAGUUAAAUAAAGUUUCUUACAAAAGAAGU